AACUCGGUCAAUCAACGGGAUUUCAGUUUUCACAAUUUUACGCAUCGCAGUGCCCCAGUCAUCAUUCCGCCGUCCUGUACACGGUGGCUAUUGCGACCAAUUGUCGGUCAUUCGUUAUCGUACGACGAUACACAAAAAAUAUCGUCUCGUUAAUAGACAUUAUACUGUUUAUCUGGUCAACGUCGAACGUGUCUUCCGCUCUCAUUUUUCGUUGUUAUUCUUGUUUCCGUUUUCAAUUCUUACCACGCACUAACAAAACGGUCGGCGGCGGUGAAUACGACGCAUCAGCAGCAGCUGUACUGUAUAAUUAGUAACAGUGGUCUAUCGUUUGGUGGAUGUUUCGGUCUUUUGGAUAAUAGAAAUACGCCCGCUCCUGUAUAAUGGCCGAAAAAAGAAAAGGCAAACGGCGACGGGAUGAGGAGUACAGCUUGGACCCUGAGACCUCAGCUGACAAACCCAGCAAGACCGAGUACUCUGUGGCUGCUUGGAUACGUAAGAAUGUUCCACACAAGAAGACAAAAUUUGCAGGCCACAAUGUCGAGUACUUUACGGGUCUGUGCUAAUAACUUGAUUUGCUCUGCUUGUGUUGAUAAUAUGACAUAUUGCUUAUUAUUUUUUUUUGUCCUUUUAGGUAGCAAAGCUGUUGACAGUUUGUUGGAAUCAAAAUGGGCUACCAGUGAGAAGUUGUUCACUACCAGACAAGAGAUCGAAGCGUUUUUGGACUUAAUGUUAAAGCAUCAAUUUUAUCACCGUGCUAAGAAAGUACCAAUAUCUGAUCAAGAACUUAAAGCUAUGAAAAAUAAGAAAUCCAAAAAAUCAAAUGAUACUGAUAAAGACGAGAAGAAGAAAACAGAUAAAAAGAAAAAAGAUAAGAAAGAUGAUGAAAGCGAGGAAACUAGUAAAGAUGACAAAAUUGAUGAUGAUAAAAUCAAAUCUACUGAAAUUGAACGGAAAAAAAAAAGUCGGAAAAUACGUUUAGAAAUGCACAUGGAACAGUCAUUUGUUGAUAAUUUGGAUGCAUAUGUUUGGAUUUAUGAUCCUAUUCCAUUUUAUUAUUGGGUAAUUGGAACAUUUAUUGUAUUUGGUGGAAUUGGAAUUUGUUUAUUCCCAUUAUGGCCACCACAAGUGAGAAUGGGUGUGCAGUACUUAAGUAUAGCAGCAGCAGGAUUUCUAAUAUUUAUUAUUGUUUUGGCCAUUCUUAGACUAGUCUUAUUCAGUUUACUUUGGAUAUUGACUACAGGCAAAUUACAUUUUUGGCUAUUCCCAAAUUUGACAGAAGAUGUAGGGUUCUUUGCUUCAUUUUGGCCAAUUUAUACUUAUAGUGUAUUCUAUAAGAAAAGUACUAAAAAAGGAAAGAAAAAAAAGGAGAAAUUAUCAGAUGAUGAGGAAGAAGAUGAUAAAAAACUGGAUGAUUGUGAUGAAGAAAAAAAGUCUUCAGAAUCUGAAAUUGACGAAAAGGUUCCUGAAACAGAAACAUUUGAACAUGACAACACUUUAUUAGAUUCAGAAUCUGGGAAAUUUGAAAAUCCAAAGUGUUCUGAAGAUUCCUCUUCAACUGAUACAGAAUCAAGUAGCCAGCAGUCGCACAGUGGUAAUGAUUUUGUCAUGGUUGAAAAACAUGAUGCCCAAGACACAUAAUAAUAAGUAAUUAUCUAUAAAGUUUGUACUUCAUCAUGUUAACAUUUUAAAUUAAUUCUUUGUUAUGUUUUUUUUUUUUUUAUUAUUAUUAUUUUUCAGAUAAAAUUAACAAAUCCUUUUAUUUAUGUUUUCCAAUAGCUUUUGCUGUGGUAUGAUUUAAAAUUAAUAAAAUAAUUUAUUAUUGUUUUACUGUUAUCCUAUUAUAACUUAUAUUCAAUAAACUGCAUUAUUAUUAUUUUUUUA